UCUUUGUCUCUCUUCGGGCACAUGGAUGAAGUCUCCCACCAAUAGACCAAGAAUUCACCAAAAGUGACAACGAAAAGGAAGCUUGAACAUUCAGAGCCAUGAAAACAAUUAUAGCUGCGUAUUCCAGAGAUCUGCGAGGGAGCAGACUUACACUGCGCUCUGCACUGCAUUCUAUAUCCGCCGCUGCUGCGUCACUCCAGGAGCAGCUCCGAACAUGCAUGCAACUGUUCUCUAUCAUUCAAUGGAUAUUCUCCUUUUUAUUGAUGGGAUUCAUGUCUCUUGUGGUUUUUAUUUUUCUAUUCUUCACACAUUUCUGGCCAAUAUCUGCUGUGUACCUCAGCUGGGUCUUAUUCGAUUGGGAAACACCAGAAACAGGGGGUCGACGUAGUGAAUGGGUGCGCAAUUGGUCUGUCUGGAACUAUUUUCGGGACUAUUUUCCUAUACAGCUUGUGAAGACACACAAUCUACCUCCAGGGCGUAAUUACAUUAUUGGUUCACAUCCUCAUGGGAUUCUGUGCAUUGGAGCGUUUUGUAAUUUCGUAACAGAAUCUACUGGAUUCUCUCAGAAAUUCCCUGGAAUUCGACCUCAUUUGGCUACACUUGCAGGAAACUUCCGACUGCCCAUACUACGGGAAUACCUGAUGAGCGGAGGUUUGUGCCCUGUGAAUCAAAAAUCAUUAGGCUACACUCUAUCCCAGAAAGGUCCCGGCAAUGCCGUUGUUAUAGUGAUAGGUGGAGCCGCUGAGUCAUUAUCCUGUCAACCUGGAGUCACAACGCUCAUCCUAAGUAGACGACGAGGAUUUGUGAGACUAGCACUUGAGCAUGGGGCUGACCUGGUUCCAUCUUUCUCUUUUGGAGAGACUGACCUGUAUGACCAAGUUCAUUUCUCAGAGGGGAGUUUUCUUCGUGCAGCUCAAUGCAAGGUCCAGAAAUUUUGGGGGUUUGCGCCAUGUUUCUUCUAUGGUCGUGGCUUAAUAUCACCUAAAUCAAAGGGUUUCAUCCCUUACUCCAGACCAAUAACAACUGUGGUUGGAGAGCCAGUCACUGUGCCCCAGAUAAAGGACCCAAUCCCAGAGAUUGUGGACCAAUAUCACAACAUGUACAAACAAGCUUUGCUAAAACUUUUCCAUGAGCACAAGACCAAAUACGGUCUGGGUGAGAAUGCGGAGCUGCGCAUUUUGUGACAAUAACUGGAAACCGAGUACUUAAAUCUAACGCAAACUACAAUGGCCACUUCCGUACACACACACCAUCAUGCUGUACACGCGUGUGCAAUAUUUUUGCUUGCUUUUUAAUGAAGGCUUACUAAAGGCAUAGACAUGAACACAUGACCAAAAGCGAAUGUGUACAUAUACAGUAUGUCCCAUGUAUAACUGUGUACAGGACCUGUGGAUGCACAGUGCAUGAUAAGACAUUACAGUAUAUGUAUUCAAAAUAUUCCUAUUCUGUAUAUUACAGACUCACACAAUGUAUACCUGGAAUGCAGUUCUAUGGCUAGUUUCACACUUGCGAUAAAGCAAUCUGGCAGAGCUGGAUAGUGCCCCGUGCCCACCGGACCCCUAGACUGUAAUGGGAUCUGGAGGGAAUCCGACCAUAACCUAGCAUAAAUACCAGGAUUCAGCCAGACACAAAUUGCUGCACCCAAAAGAUUUUGUCCAGCCGAAUCCCGGUAUUUAACCCUGAGGAGCAUCCGGAUCCCCACUGGUUCCCAUUACAGUCAAUGGGCUCCGGCAGUGGACAGCUGUAUCCAGCUAGAAACUGCCUGCUGGAUUGCGUUAGUGCAAGUGUAAAAGUAGACUUUGGAACCUGAAUAUGCAAGCUCUACACACUGGAUAAACUGCGUCUGUAAAGUAAGGAGUCCAAGUAACCUAGUUGGUUGAAAAAUGCUUUUCUCAUGCUGGUGCUAUCCUGGGUAUGGGGUUAGCAUGGCUGUCACUGUUGGAGACAAUGACUGAAACUUAAAGGGGUUGUACCAUUAAAAAUAUUUUCAAACCAG